AUGAACUGGGCAUUUCUUCAGGGCCUCCUGAGUGGGGUCAACAAGUACUCCACGGCCCUGGGCCGCAUCUGGCUGUCGGUGGUCUUCAUCUUCCGUGUGCUGGUGUACGUGGUGGCGGCCGAGGAGGUGUGGGACGACGAGCAGAAGGACUUCAUUUGCAACACCAAGCAGCCAGGCUGCCCCAACGUGUGCUACGAUGAGUUCUUCCCCGUGUCCCACGUGCGCCUCUGGGCCCUGCAGCUCAUCCUGGUCACGUGCCCCUCGCUGCUUGUGGUCAUGCACGUGGCCUACCGGGAGGAGCGCGAGCGGAAACACCGCCUGAAACACGGGCCCAGCGCCCCGGCCCUGUACAGCAACCUGAGCAAGAAGCGGGGCGGGCUGUGGUGGACGUACCUGCUGAGUCUCAUCUUCAAGGCUUCCGUGGACUCGGGCUUCCUCUACAUCUUCCACUACCUCUACCAGGAUUACGACAUGCCCCGCGUGGUGGCCUGCUCCGUGGCACCUUGCCCCCACACUGUGGACUGUUACAUCUCCCGGCCCACGGAGAAGAAGGUCUUCACCUACUUCAUGGUGGCCACAGCGGCCAUCUGCAUCCUACUUAACCUCAGCGAGGUCACCUACCUGGUGGGCAAGAGGUGCCUGGAGAUCUUUGGCCCCAAGCGCCGGCGGUCUCGGCACCGGAGCCGUCUCCCCGAUACCUGCCCACCGUAUGUCCUGUCCCAAGGAGAACCCCCUGGCAAAGAGGACUCUGUCCUAAUGAAGGCCCCAGUGGACACAGGUGUGUACCCAUGA